UCGCCAUGCCAUCCCGUUCCGGCCCACGAGCCCACACACCAGACUACAGACUAGCAAGAAAGAAGCCGAGGCGGCUUCCGAGGAAGCAAGCACCGCCCGCUGCCGGCUCUUCUCCUCCACCACCACCGCACCAUGUCCUUGUGGCGCGCUGCCGCCUCCCGCCUCCUCCUCCGCCGCCGCUCCCCGUCCCCGCCCACCGCCGCCUCGUCCUACGCUCUCCUCCUCCACGCGCGCCCCUUCUCCCCGCGCCCGGCCCAGGCGGAGGUCACCCCCGCCGAGGCGCGGCGGCUCGUGCGCCUCGUCGCCGUCGAGGCGCUCAAGCGCCGCCUGCGGGACAGCCGGGGCGAGGUCGUGGGCUACGGCGAGCUCCUCGACGCCUGCGUGGAGGCCGGCGCGGCACGCACCCACGCCGAUGCUGAGGCGCUCGCGCGGGCCAUGGAUGACGCUGGCGUCGUCCUGCUCUUCAGGGACAAGGCCUACCUCCAACCCGAGAAGGUGGUGGACCUGGUUAGAAGAGCUGUGCCACUCGCGCUCGAACCUGAGAAUGACCCGAGAAAAGAGGAGUUCAAGCAGCUCCAGGAAAAGAAGGAAGAGAUCGACAAGCUAGCGCACAAGCAAGUGCGGCGUAUCCUGUGGUCUGGCUUAGGGUUCUUCAUGUGCCAAGUCGGGCUCUUUUUCCGUCUCACGUUCUGGGAAUUCUCAUGGGAUGUGAUGGAACCGAUCGCCUUCUUCACCACUGCUUCCGGCCUGCUUGUUGGCUACGCCUAUUUCCUCAUCACCUCAAGAGACCCGACGUAUCAGGACUUUAUGGAGAGACUGUUUUUGUCGAGGCAGAGAAAGCUUUGCGCUGCACAGAAGUUUGAUAUGGAGAGGUACCUGGAGUUGCAGAAGCACUGUAGGUGUCCUCUGGAAGUCCAUCACUCUCAUGGUCCCAAGCUUCAUGGCUUGUGACACCAAAGGAACUAAAGUUUCUCCUCUGUUACCUGAUGCUUCGUUGUGUAUUCUCUAGGUUGUAGAACAGACACUAUUUACAUACCCGUCAUCUGAGACUAUAGUUCGAGAUAGCAAUGUGGUCCUGAUAGAAUGCCUGGAUCAUAUAAGAGUUACCCUUUAGCUGCAUAUCAAGGGUGAAUGAUGAACCAAACUGAAUGUUCAGACCUUGAAAAUAUAUCCUGUAUAUUUUCACAGAAUGUUUUGAGGACCCUAACGUUCUGAGCUGUGCCGCUAUAUGUUCCAGGCAUAGCUACCAAGAAAAUAAGAUGGCAGUUAUGCAAAUAUCAAA